GCAGAAUAUACAAUGUGUUUGCACUCAUCUCCUUAAUUCAGGUUUAAGUGCAUUCCCCCCCUUCAUUGUAUCAAAAUAAAUGCUAACUGUAAGGUUUUUAGGGACUAUAGCUAAAAGGCGUGAUGUUCAAAUCAACUAUGCAAACUUCAAUAUUGCUAUCAAGGAGAGGCUUGGGAUCAAUGUCAGAGGUUGGCCUGAGGGCAUACCAUUCCAGUCCCUGACCAGCUUAAAUGAUCUCAGUGCCCUCCAGAAAAUCCAUGAUGCAUUGAAGGAUGGCUCUGCACACUGCAAGAAAGGGGAGGUCAUUGGCAAGCCACACAAGAAGCAUGGUGAUGCAGGUGUGCCAUGCAAAUGCAAGGGCAAUGGCAAGGAGAACACAUGUCUGAGGAAGCAAGUACAAGCAUUGGGAUCAUCUAUGCAAGCUCCAAAGAGUGCAGAAUUUGUGGAGACAACAGACAAAGAUGACACCAGUGAGGAAGAAGUUUAAUUG